GGUCAGCUGGUCGACGAAGAGUUAGGUUAUAGUUAUACACACCACCGGACAACUUGAAACUGUUUAUUUUGAUAUGGGAAAAAACAAGCACAAAAAAGCUCUCAAGAAAGCGGAAAAACAACGGCGAAAUAUGGAACUUGAACAACUUGAAAGAGCCAAAGCGCAAUUGCUAGAAGAAUUGCAAGAUGUUGAAGGGCGCCUCCGAAUCCCCGGGGAUGUUCAGAGUUUUGACCCUGAUGUACUCUCCUCCAUGAUAGGGUACACACUAUCAGAUUUUAAACUAAUUGUUAAAGAGGAUAAAAAAAUUUACUCUGCAUUCUGUUACCCUCUGUUAUUCCACAUGACAGUAACUUGUAAAGAAUAUACCGUUUUGGAUAUCAACCUUGUUUAUUUCAAAGACUCUCCACUUCAUGAGAUUAACACAUAUCUCUUGAGAUUUACUCGGGAACUCUGUCCUUCAAGAGUUCUGUUUAUAAUUCAGCAGUUUGAUCAGUUGUUUAAAUUUAGGGAAAAAGUAUUCACACAGCUGGAUGGCAGAUGUUUCUGGAGAACAGUGACACAAGAAUAUGAUAAUGAAUUGGGGCAUUCAGACACGGUAUGCAACAUUGAGGUUUACAAAAAGAAUUUUUUGGGAAAAGCUGCGGCUUGUAUUUUGGAGAUGCAAUGGCGAUUUUCCUGGAACAAGCCCUGUCAAAGCAUGGUUAAUCAGUUCAUCAUUAUGCAAGCUGUGCUGCAUCAAGAGAUAGAGACAUUCACAAACGCAUUACUUUGCACUGUAUUUUUUGCUGACGACAGCUUGAUGAAAAUCUGGUGCAAUUUCAAUGAGUGGGUUUCUUGUGGGUAGCUUGUGGUGUGUCAAAUUUUGUAAGAUAUGGUGACCAAAGGGGUUAACCAAACACAAUUUGUGAUAAUGUAAAUUAAUUAAAUUUAUUAAUUUACCAUUGAAACGGUA